AUGUUUCUUGGUGACAUGUGUAAGCUGAAGAUUCUGAGGCAGGGUGAAGUAAUGACAGUGGAGGUUAAACUUGACUUGGUAACAUCACUUGUUCCUACUCAGCUGUAUGACAAGAGACCAAGGUACGUACUGACUGACUGCAAUACACGGCACACCCAGGUAUCAGCCUGGCCCUCUGUUGUUCAGACGUUCACUAUCCAAAUCACUUUCCAGCGGAAAAUUAUUAGGAACCCCUAUUGCAGUAUGGUUUACGGUCAAGUUGCCCUAAAGUCAUCUUGCCCGCGAAGUUAUGUCGCCUGAAAUUUUAUAGACUACGAGUAGUCCCCAUUUUUCCCCCAGGAUAGUAGAGCAAGCGAAAUGUGAGCGCGCGUGAAAAUAACCCCACGCGAGAAAGGCGCCCCGUCUCGCCUUUCUUGCGUGGGAUAAUUUUCACGCGCGCUCGCGUUUCGCCCGUUCUGCUAUCCCUGAGGGAAAAUGGGGACUACUCGUAGUCCAGAAAUUUUAUCAUGCUCAGCAACAUCCUACACCUUAAAAGUGCUUGUUUCGUUUCAUCAAAUCUUUAAGAACAAGACAUAUUACUCAUUUGACGUGCUUGUUUCAUCAAAGCUAAAAGAACGAGAUACGAAGUUAUGAAUAUAUGAAAAUCAUAUAGGAGAACUGCGGGGUGAAGAAUUUAUAUGAACGAAGAUCAUCGCAGUUACAGACUCAACUUUUGCAGCUGCGAAAAAAAAGCCUGAAAAAAUUUUUUUCGCAGACUUUCUUCUGAGAAGGAGAUAUGUUACACAUUCAUCUCGCUUGUUUCGUCGCUUCAUCGCAUAAAGAACGGGUUAUGAUACUCAUUCAUCCCGCUUGUUUCGUCUCACCAUAGCAUCAUCGGGCGACAUGGCUCUGGUUUUGGGCGAUAUAACUUCGGGCGAGAUGACUUUCGGGUGACUUGACCGGUUACCUGCGACAUCAUAAGCCGGGAUAAAGAUUAAUCUAGUGGAUCAUAGUGUUAUCCACCCUUUGAACAACUGGGGUCUGGUCUUAUGUCAGUUAGCCUUUGUUUCUCGGUAAAAAUUAUUUUGCAAGAAUUUAUUUCAGUGUUAAAAAUGACAACAUUUACAAUUUGGGUUUUGCAAAAGUCCCGUCGCGACCCCUCUAAGUAAAGGAAUAGGGUUAAGAGCGGAUGAACUUUGACACGAGAGUUGCUUAAAACUUCAAAGAAAAAAUAAUGGCCUGCAUAGGGGCGAGGAUUGUUGUCUGCUCUGAGAGAGGGGCACAACUCUGCUAGUAGGAUAAACAGCUAGAUUUCGAAUUUUGUUGGAAUGCUGUGCCUGUCCUUUGUUCCCCGGGUGUGCGGUAUGUCGCAAUAAGAAAUAAGGAAUAACAGAAAGAAUUUAUACACUAGCGAGUAAUCGCAGGAUGCUUUUCAUUUUGUUGUGUUCUAUUGUUAUCACCAUAGUUACCUGGUGUAUGCUGGUUUGGUAUUUGUGUCUCUGUCCCAGCCUUACAUGCAGCAUCAGUACUGCAAGGACUGGGCACGAAAAGCGCCCAUAAGACUGUGCGACCGCGUUCUUUACGGUGUUUUAAAUAAAGCAGGACAGGAAGUCAUCUUACUGAGUCAGGUGAGUUUAACUGUGACUGUGCAGACAUCUUAACAGCUCUUUCUUAUGGAAAAUAAAGCGGAAAUUCUUCCCGGAAGGAGGGUAGUACGUGAGCAGUGCGGCUCCGAAUAGCUACAAAACUGAUAUGAGUUAGUGGCCAAAAAGCUUUCCGGAUCAGUGACCUCUUAAAGCCGGCACUGACGGAUCAUAACAGUGAGUGGGGAGGGUACAAAGCUCCAGUGGUGAUGAAAUAUGGGUUGGUUUCACACUGGUAUUUCAAGUGUGAAGUAAGGUCUAGUAUAGUGCUCAAACGUUUUGUUCCAGCUGGUCGCUGUGGAUGAGAGACUGCUUGUUCCAUUGGGGUCAAGCAGAACACCGAAAACUUUAAUUUCUUGGAGGUUUCGUGGGCCCUGGAACUAAAAAGCAUUAGAUCUCGGGGAAGUAAAGGUUUGGCCCUUUUAGUGCGAGAGUGGUUUAUAAACCCUAUCCACUAAAUCACGGUGCUCCUCAGCUGAAAGUGUUAUUUACAAGUGUUGCGUUGAUUCAGCAAUGCCGUCAUUUUUUUCCCAGGUCCUGGCUGCAGAAUUGACUACAGGCUAUGAAACAAUGGCAAAUCUUCAGCUUUUCAAGGUGAACGGAAUUCCAAUUCUGAACCUUAAACAUCUUGCCUCUGUGUUGGACGACAUUACAAGGCCUUUUAGCAAAAAUGGUGACUCUCACAACUCAGCUGCAAAAACUGAAAUAACUGUGACUACAGAUAGCUGUCUCAAAGCUAGUCCUUUACCUAAACAGAACGAAGUUACUGUCAAAAGCUCUGGGGCAAACCCCAGGCAAAAUGAAAAUAUUAUACCUUUAAAGGAAAUCAGUCAGGGAAUGGAUGAAUCGGACAGCCGUUCUUGUGCAAAACUCAAAACUUUAGAGGAUGUGAAGAAGGACGUCGAGAGAGGAAGCUCAGUUUGCGAUAGUGACGUUGAUUCUUUAUCGGAAGACAGAACCUCAUCCACAGAUCCCAGAAAACAAGAUUUUGUGAAAUCAGAUUCUUGUGCACGGGACUCUUUCUUUUCAUCAAUACAAACGGCUGAAGAGAAUUCUGGUGUGGACCAAGACCCCACUCUUCUGAACAGAGAGGACUUUGUACAUUUUGAGUUGGAUAAAGACAAGAUUAUUGUCCUUCACAUCCCAACAGCUUACAUGGCCGCUCCGGAAAUAUUGCGCCAAUAUGCAAUAGGUCAGUCUCGCUCGGAUGAUCUACCUACACCCCCGUAAAAGAUCAUUAGUCAUGCUCGUGGCCUUGUCGUGAUCACGUGUUGCACAUGUGAAUGAGGGACUUUCCUAUUUCCUAGAUGGCUCUGUAGCGACAAAUAGCUCGUGCCUACCCGAUCAAGUUAGUCACUAGCAGUUUAAGAAAUUUGCAACGAAACUACAAAGAAACGUGAACUGAAGUUGAGUUAAAGUGCGAUAACUAUGUCGUUCUGUCAAGCAUGGACAGUGAAUAUUUCUAAUGCCAAUAAGAAGUAGUCAUUCAAUUUUCUAAUGCGAAAUGACUGACCAUCUUGUCAGAGUGGUUACAGUUUAAUAUAGUGUACACAUCCCUCGGAGCUGGUUCUCUAUAACUGAUCAUGGCCGGCUCUACAAAAGAAGUUUUAUCUUUGUACGUGAGGCGGGGCAUCGGAAGAAGAUUCAGAUUUGAAAGAUGUCAAUCUUUUGACCGUUUUAUUCUUUAUAUUUAUACUCAUGAAGGUUGCUAAUAAUUUAUGUGACCUCUUGUAAAACAUGUUUAUUUCUAAGUCUUUUAGUAUUAGCGGCACAAUUUAAAUUUGAAACGUUUUUAUUUCCAGCAACGAUCAUUGCACUGUUGAAGUUACUUUUCGUGUUGUUCGUAAGAUAAAAAAAGGAGCUCAGGCGCGGAUCUAGGAUAAAUACGGACCGAUUUCCUAAACAAGGCGGAGUCCCGGGGCAUGCUUUCCCAGGAAAUACUAUUGGAUUUAACUCCCUAAAGUCCCCAUACCUGGGUUUCUGAGUCAUAAAGUUUGGACAGUGUAUUGACCAGUUCCAUUCUCCUCGGAUGAAGCCUUACAAAUCGACGGAAUAUUAUUAUUAUUUCUAAUGCCUGGAAAUUAGAGGGAGAAAAAUUAUCCAAACCAUUUUCCAGAAAAGAUAUUUUUUUAAUGAAAUAUCGGACCGAUUUCCGUAAAACCGUGGAAACCGGUGUGGAUCCGCGCCUGGAGUCGAAAAAUGAAUAGCAUGUCAAUGCAGACUUAUUUCUGGCUGUCGUAGACUUAAAUGUCAGCAGUCUCCACUCCCCUAACCCGUGGGGGAUGCGGGGGAAAGAGAUUCUGCAAGGGUUUGGGGGUGGAGACGACUGACAUUUUAGACUUCGGCUGUGGCAUCUCUUUGUAGCCAGAGAGGUUAAUAACAAGAACAUGUUCUGCUAGAAUACGGGAAAAAGCAUAAACAGGUUUAAGUUUUGUGUUGUCAUGUUUUUGUUUUGUUGUGCUUUUUUGAACUUGUCGUCUAUUAUAGUAGCUGCACUUGUGUUUUCGAGCAUU